AUGGAAACUUCAAGCAAAACGAAUAAGGCCAGAGAAAAUUUGAAAGAGUUUCAAAAGAAAGCAAAGGACGCCUAUAAAAGCUUCAGGGAUAUGAUAGAAAAACUACCCAAAAAGAUAAGUAUCUAUGGCGUUGAAAUAGAAAGCAGUGGUGCUCUAGGCUUGGCCCUAAUCUUCACGCCAAUAGUGCUAAGUAUUCUUGGAAUCAGCAGCCAUCUCUCCAUGGCUAUCGCGGUUAUUGGAUAUCUAACUGCGAUAGCUCUUUCGUUGUUCCAUGCGACUCCAAAGGUCUACAAAACAUGCAAGAAGUAUAAAGAAUCUCAUGAUAUAUGGGAACUCGUUGAGUUCAAAAACUUAAUGCUGUUCUUCCAAAUAAUUUUUGGAAUGUUUCUAUUACUCCACCUUCUUUACAUAACAGAUGAGAAUUGUGCAGAGGGCGUAAUGGUCUAUGGACUAAUGAUCUCCCUAAUAUAUCUAUCCAGGCUGGCAUGGAAGAUGUCAAACUUCUCUAUCAAGAAAGAUGACUUUUACAAGAUUAUUGUUCUACUAGCUGGGCUGGUCUCAAUUAAUCUGAUAACAUUCGUUGCACGGAAAGAGAUAUCUAGGCCCCACAUUAUCAUUUCUUCAUUGCUUUCUGCCGUAAUUAUACUUAGCAGUUGUGUAGGUAAACCUAUCACUGAGAAGGAGGAGGAAGCAGAGCCUCUUUCUGCCAUUGCAGCACUUCUUCCCAUCAUUACGGUGAUAUACGUUACAGCUUGUGCAUGCCGAAAGUUCAGGAUCCCCCUUUCCCAGGAAUCAUUUCGGGUAGUGUGA